GGAGCAAAGCCUAAUCAAACUUUUUUUGGUCAUUUUUUUCAACACCCCCUCAUUUCAUUCACUUUUGAAAAGUUGCACCACCCAGCAAAUAAACUGUUACACUAAAUCAUUGCAUUUUUUUUUUAUGAAAGGGCAACCCGGUGACUGGAUGUGACAUUCUUUGUCCACGCACACACAAACAGAGAAACCCAACAACUGUGCUGUAAUUGUGGUCUUCUAUUAGUAUCCAGUUGACGCGUAGUGGCCGCCCAGUGCGCCGCCGCAGCGAUGCUCGUAUCCAACGUCAGCCUGAGCGGCUGCGCGGGCUUCAACAGCGCGCUGCACGCCGGAGCCGAGGAAGGGCAGCUGGGGGGCGGCUCUCAGCGCUCCACCCUCACUCCGACAGGGAACCUCAUCGUGGCCGUGUGCUUGGGCUUCAUCGGCACUUUUGGACUUGUGAACAACUUGCUGGUGCUGGUGCUUUACUGCCGCUACAAGAUGCUGCGCUCUCCCAUCAACCUGCUCCUGGUUAACAUUUCCAUCAGCGACCUGCUGGUGUGCGUACUGGGGACGCCGUUCAGUUUCGCGGCCAGCACGCAGGGAAGGUGGCUCAUUGGAGACAAGGGCUGCGUGUGGUACGGCUUCGCCAACUCACUCUUUGGUAUCGUGUCCCUGAUCUCCCUGGCUGUCCUCUCCUAUGAGCGCUACUGCACCAUGAUGACUCCCACUGAGGCAGACUCCUCCAACUACUAUAAGAUCGCCUUUGGCAUCAUCCUCUCUUGGGUCUAUUCCCUCAUCUGGACCGUGCCUCCACUCUUUGGUUGGAGUCGCUAUGGUCCAGAAGGGCCCGGGACCACCUGCUCUGUGGACUGGAAGGCCACGACGGCAAAUAACAUAUCUUACAUCAUCUGUCUGUUUGUCUUUUGCCUCAUCGUGCCGUUACUGGUGAUCGUGUUCUGCUACGGGAAGCUGCUGUGUGCCAUCAGACAGGUGAGUGGGAUCAAUGCAUCGAUGAGCAGGAGACGGGAGCAGCGUGUCUUGUUCAUGGUGGUGAUUAUGAUAGGCUGCUAUCUGCUGUGCUGGCUGCCUUAUGGCAUCAUGGCGCUGCUGGCCACUUUCGGACCGCCAGACAUGGUCACACCUGAAGCCAGCAUCAUCCCUUCCGUCCUGGCCAAGACGAGUACGGUCGUCAACCCCAUCAUCUACGUCUUCAUGAAUAAACAGUUUUACAGAUGUUUCCGAGCACUGUUGAAUUGUGAGGCUCCUCGACGAGGCUCAAGUUUAAGGAGCUCCUCCAAGGUCGCUACCAAAGCGAUGAGGGGUGGCGCAUUGACUGGUCCUCAUCGUACCAACGACUUUCUAUUCAUGGUUGCCUCCCUGGGUCAGCCGGCUACUGCAGUGCCCCAGCUGGACCCUAACUGUGAACACACCAUUGAUGUCACCAAAGCCCCUUCUUCAGACAUCAACAAACCUGUCGUAGUGUCACUCGUGACCCACUUUGAUGGGUGAUCGUUGGCGACGGCCAUGACAUCAGCAUGAAAUCACCACAUCUUCGGCCUGGAAGGCAUUAAUGAGUCGUGGUUCUUCUGGGUGCGGUACAAGUGUAGAGCUGCGGUCUGCCAGGCCAGGCUAAUCAAAUGCAGUUGUUACAUCAGCUGCUCAGCCUGCCAUUUCCAUCACAGAGCAGUGCCAGAGGGAACCCUUGGACUUGCAGCUAGACAUUAUGAGCAAAGUGGGACUUACCGAACCUCCACUGGAUGUCUCUGCGGACAUCUCUUCACGCGAGUAUGCGUGGAGCAUACAGAAAAGUGGAAAGAGAAGAAAUGUUGUUUUUUCUUAAAUCAGAUGUUUGGUAAGAUUUUUAGAAGAACUGUUAAAAGCUAAAUAGAAGAGCGAGAGAGAAGAAUAAUGUUUUUUACGUGUUGUUUACCCGUUUUAGCAUAUUUUAGAGCGCAGGCACAAGAGAAUAGAUUAUGACUAAGAAUGUACCAGUAAUGAUUGUGAAAUCAUUCUCCUUCCCGACAAGAAAUUGUCUUAAAUUGAUUACUUGACACUUUCAAAUAUGUCCUCCAACAGGGGUGUCACGAGACACUCAGUUCCCCAGACAGGACAAUGCACGAGAUUGGGUCUACGAGAACAGCCGAUACAAGAUUUUAACAUUCCUCUUUAAAAAACUACAAUGAAAAGUUGAAAAAGACAUGACAAUAUAUUGCAAUCUACUACUUUAAUUUCUACUAUGUUACACUCUCCUGCACUGUGUGUGUAUGCUAACGGCCCCGCCUCCACCCACCGUGACAAGAGACUGUAUGACUGACAAAAGGGCUCACUCCAUUCAUGCCGUUGUUUUAUGGAACAAACGUGCCAGGGUGCUGAAACCAAUGCACAGAGUGAACUCUCUUCCUGCCUGUUUGGAGGCGGGAGACGAGGAAAACAACACAUGAAUAUAUUGAGGCCGGCAAAAUGAUCAAGGUAAUUUUCAUUUAUCGUGUGAUUCAUUAAUUUGUUAUUGUCCUAUGCCUAGCGCCCAAGAGUCAUUUUUUUUUCUUCACGUUUUUAUCUCAGGAGAUCUUGUGACACCCCUAUCCUCCAAUCGUUUCUGGGUUUGCUGUGCAUGACGCAUGCAAUCGGCAUUCGAAGGGAAUAGUGAGAUUAGGAUGCAUGUUGGAGAGUUACUGCAUAGUUUCUUCAAUGGCGUGCAUGUGCACUGUUUGACUAUAGUAUCCCAGUUGGGUCGGAUAAAUGUCCAAAUGUUGGUAAUGUUCAGUGCACAACUUGUGCCCACUAAAUAGACCAGAAUCCCCCUGAAGUGUGAUCCCCUUGGAAUGAUCUUUACAUGUGAUAUUUCUGCAUGUACUGUACAUUUCAUGCAAACAUGUCAAACAAAGCAAGCGUUUCUGGUCAAGCCCAAUGCUCAGGGUCUGUUCUUUCAUAACUGCUGUGACCAAGUCCCUCCCUGGAAGUGUUGGCAGUACGGCACCUUGCCCGUGGGCACAAAUGCAUUUGGGUAGGUUCCAUAUGCUUCCAAACAAUAUGUUUACAAGCGUUUUGGACAAUUUAGAACGACCAUGGAACUUGUUUCCUCAAGCUGAAGCUACUAAUACUGUAUAUUCUUGCUACAAUAAUUUGAUUCUCCCUAUUGUUUGUCAUGUGCCAGUCUGCAUCCAUGGUACAUUCUUUGAUCUGGUUUUAUUUUCCUGAACUACACAGACAACUGUGACGUUUUUGGAAAGCUGAGUAUCAAUGUUGUGUUGCCAGUAAAUGUUCAAGCAGUCUUGUGGCAAUGUGCAAAAACAUGUUUUUGUUCCUUUGCUUCCUCCUUCCGUCCCUGUUGCCAGUUUUAUCCAUUCCAAAACCAGUUUUGAUGUGUUUUUGGGAUCGUUGUCCGGUGGUUUUGUUUGUGUUAUACAAAUCUUGUACCAUACCAAUGUACAGUACAUACUUUGAUACCAAAGCUAUAAAAAUGUGAAUAUUUUUUCGA